AUGUCCUCUUGGCUCUGUGGCUCCGUUGGCUGGAUGAAGCCUUGGAAACUUACUAACGUCACUGCAUGCAAAAUAUGGCACCAGCAGGGAGCAGAGAGGAGAGAGGGAUGUAGCUCGGUGAAAGGCACGGAGCUUUCUAUCACAGGUGGAAUACACAGGUAAGGUGCGGUAAGGUAAGUUAGAGAUAUGAAGAUUUCAUAGUUUUAUAUUUCUGUUGGUGUUGGAGUGUUUUGAGAGCGGUGUUUAGACUUCUACAUUCGUUUCCUCAAACGUAUUCAAAACUGCAGCUCUUGUAAACAUUUCCUUGUUUUGUACAGUCACAUGUUGGGCCCAUGGAGCAGAUACACCAUCUACGCUCCACACUGGACCCAAAGAUGGAUGUCACAGAUGACAACCACGUGGAGGGAAUGAAGAUGGAAACAGAUAGCAAGCAAACAAUGGAUAAUGACUCUCCUGCUGGACUAUCAGAGGAGACACACCAAAAUGUUACAAUCCGUGAAGGGCCCUCCAGCAGCUGCGGGAGGCUCAGAGUGAGAUCCAGACCAAAACUCCAGUCGACGAAAAGUUUCCCCCCUUACAGUCAGUGCAUAGGUGGACUCGGAGAGGAUGGAGAGCAGGACAAUAUGACCGCUCAUCAUCCCAAUCUCAGACAUGAUGGCACGAUGAAGGAGGGUGUGAACGAGUCGGUCCAAGGCACAGAAAGAAAAGAGGACUUCGAGUUUAAUGCAAGAUGUGCAAGGGGUGAAGUGAGAGCGAAAUGGAGGACGAGGAGGAGGGAGAGGUUAGGGGGGAGCUAUGAAGUUGAUCCAGACGGAUGGGAGAGCACACGAUGGAGCGGGAAAAGACGUGUAGAAGAGACUGAAAGUGACAGGGAGCAUGAUGACGAGGAGAGGGAGGGGGGCACCAACAGGGAGUGGAAACUCUGGAGAAGCAAAAACUCGAGUUUUGAGAUAGAGGCAAAAGAGGAAGAGGAUGAGGAGAGGAAGAGAUCUCCUGUUUCAACAGCUGUGGAGGGGGAGAAUAAGAGCAGUAGGGAGACCCCAGAGGUUGAAGAAGCUGAGGAGCUGCCCGGGAUAGUGGAGGGCCCCACAGCUCAUCAGUGGUCCUCCCCACAUCCAAUCCUCUCCAAGAUUUUGCAGUCCUCCUCUACCUCCUCCUCCAGCUCCUCCAUCAACCUCUCCUCAGCAGAGAGCGAUGAAGUCUUCAGCGAAGGAGAGGAUGCCGUCUCCAGGAGGAGGACUUUCAGGAAGAGCCGCUCCUGGAAAACCUUCCUGACCAUGAUGCACUGGUCAAUGCGGCGGCAGAGCUCCUGGGUCCAGCUGGCUGGACAUCAAGGUAACUUCCAGCUGAGCGACAGCGGGGAGGUGUUGAAGCUGUACAGCGAGGUGGAGGCAAAGUGUCUGGACUCCCUGAUGAGAGACCCGCUGCGACCUUUUGUCCCACAGUACCACGGCCUGGUCACCAGGGGGGAGCAGUGCUAUAUCCGCCUGGAGGACCUGCUGAGCGGCCUGAGGAGACCCGUCAUCAUGGACUGCAAGAUGGGAGUCAGGACGUACCAGGAGGAGGAACUGAUCAAAGCCCGGAUCAAGGCCCCCCUGCGGAGUGACAUGUACCAGAAGAUGGUGAAAGUAGACCCCUCAGCUCCGUCGGCGGAGGAACACGCACAGAAAGCUGUGACCAAGUGGAGAUACCUUCAGUGGAGGGAUACAACCAGUUCUACAUCCACACUGGGCUUCAGGAUAGAGGGAGUCAUGAUGGAGGACGGCAGCGUCCAGCGAGACUUCAGGAAGAUUCUGAGUCUAACUCAGGUCACAGAGGCAUUACUCUACUUCACCAGGAGUCAGCUGGAGAUCCUGAAAGCGUACCACUCCAGACUCCUGGCUCUGAGCGAUGCACUGAAGACUUCAGUAUUUUUCAGAAGUCAUGAGGUGAUUGGCAGCUCGCUUCUUUUUGUCCACGAUCACACCAGUAAGGCCAACGUGUGGAUGAUAGACUUCGGGAAGACGACCCCCUUGCCCGAGACAAGAGAGCUCCUGCACAACAUCCCGUGGGCCGAGGGAAACAGGGAGGACGGAUAUCUCAUUGGCCUCACCUCCCUCAUCACCUCUCUGAGCCAGGCCAUCAGCGUGGCCUCCUGGCAGCAGGAGGACGACUGCGGAGGAGAAAAAAUACAGUUACACGAAGUAAAGUGAGGGUCGUGGCUGGAACAACUUGAAGUCAGGAUCAGGUCGGACAAAACGGCUGCUGUUACACGUUGAACUGCUGACAGAAGAGAUGGCAGGGGAGGAAUUCAAACUACUGAGCUAAAAAUCCAUUGAAAUGUGAUUGUGGUUGUCUUGUUUUUAUAAUUUUGUUACAAAGACUUUAGAUUUAAGACACUUCUUCCUUCUUUUAUGGGCCCCAAAAAUCCACAUUUUUUUAACCUGCUGAUGCUUUCUUACCAACAGUUGUUCACUUAACUGGACUUUAAACUUAAAAUUUGAUCUCACUUGUUGAGGAAAAAUACACAUCAACACACACGCAUAUGGUUGAACAGCUUGAUGUGUGUGUGUUGUGUAAUGUAUUAUUAUCAGGGAUUUGAAUUAAAUGAUGCAGCUGAACCCUUUUCCUGGUAUUAUAACCUGUAUACAAAAGUCCUCCACAUAUCAGAUUGUCCGUCCUAAAUGAAAUAAACAAUGAACACCGCC